AUGAAGGUGGAGGUUCUGGAUGGCAGGACCAGGCAACAGCUGUGUUUUCUAGAUAAGGUGGAGCCCCACGUUACAAUAGGAGAAAUCAAGAGACUUUUUCACAAGUCAUAUCAACAGUUGUAUCCAGCCAGACAGGACCUCAAGCUCGACCCCAAAGGAAAAUCACUUAAGGACGACGAUGUAUUACAAAACCUACCAGUUGGGACCACGGCAACCAUAUAUUUUAGGGACCUGGGUCCACAGAUCGGGUGGACAAUGGUGUUUUUAGCGGAGUACAUUGGCCCCCUGUUUAUUUACCUCCUGUUCUAUUUCCGAGUUCCCUAUAUCUACUCACAGCAGGACGCCUUCACCUCCAGCUCCAACUCAGUGGUCACACUAGCCUGUGCCUGUCACACCUGCCACUACAUCAAGAGAUUGAUUGAGACUAUCUUUGUGCACCGGUUCUCCCAUGGCACCAUGCCUCUCAGGACUAUAGUCAGGAACUGUGUGUAUUACUGGACCUUCUCGGCAUGGUUGGCCUUCUACAUCAACCAUCCACUGUACACGCCUCCAUCGUAUGGAGACAUGCAGGCGAACUACGCACUGGCUAUAUUUGUGCUCUGUGAGGCUGGUAAUUUCUCCAUUCACGUGGCCCUCAAUAACCUCAAGGCAGAAGGUGGGCCCAAGUGCAGAAAGUUCCCUCGCCCGACGAAGAACCCAUUCACGUGGCUCUUCUUCCUCGUGUCUUGCCCCAAUUACACCUACGAGGUAGGAGCCUGGGCAAGUUUCUCUGUUAUGACCCAGUGUCUUCCAGUGGCCUUGUUCACCUUCUUUGGUUUGAUCCAGAUGACCAUCUGGGCCAAUGGGAAGCAUAAAGCCUACACCAGGGAGUUCAAGGACUACCCACACCUGCGUAUGCCAAUUAUCCCACUCCUCCUCUGACCACACGACAAACAUUCACCAUUCUGACUGAGGAGUAUUAGAGGCAUCAACCUGCCUGAAACGCUGUUGGAGAUCGAUGGGUUACUGUAUUUCUCACAAAGCACGAAGACCCCAUUGGCUGUUCUUCUUCUUCUUCUAGCGUCAUGGCAAUGGUCUGUUAUCUUUUCAACAACUAUCAAGGACAGAAUUCACAGAAAGGAUUGUGUCAUCACUGUUGUGGAUUGUGUAUUGAUUAUGUUUCAUUCAAUCUUUGAGACGCAGCUAUAUUGAUAAGUUAUUUAUAUGAUAUAUUUUACCGAUCAGGAUGAUUGAUUGACUGUUAAGACGCAGCUAUAUUGAUAAGUUAUUUAUAUGAUAUAUUUUACCGAUCAGGAUGAUUGAUUGACUGUUAAGACGCAGCUAUAUUGAUAAGUUAUUUAUAUGAUAUAUUUUACCGAUCAGGAUGAUUGAUUGACUGUUAAGACGCAGCUAUAUUGAUAAGUUAUUUAUAUGAUAUAUUUUACCGAUCAGGAUGAUUGAUUGACUGUUA